GUACAGUGUGUCGCCUCCAUUAUAUUCCUUUUCGCACAACUCAGUUGCACUUUCAUUGAAUUUCCAAUCUGUCAAUUCAUUCAAGACCCAUUUGCGGGGGACAAGUAGUGCAUCUGGGGCCGAAAUCGUGUCCAUUGUGAGUGUAGUCUGGAGUUGAGGGACUCCUGGGAGGUUAGUGACGUUAUCCCAAUGAUAAGAGUGAUUAUUCGUGGUCUUGUGAUAGAAAAUCAAGGCAAAAUGUUGUGUAUGGUUUGUUAGUGUAGAACGAUUUGAUUUUUGCACCACAAUCGUGCUAAAAGUCCACUCAGCUUGAUUACGGAGAUUAAAUUCGAGAUUUGGUGUCCAGUAUUUGCCUAAAACAUAGCCGCGAUUAAGGAGGAUGAGACGAGCACGGCGAGGUCGUGUUUGGCACAUCGGGAUACUCUUCUUGAUCUACUCAUGCCUCUACGUGUACUCUGCGAAAAUUAAGACAUCCACCGAGGAGGAAAUCAAUGAAGAGCAAACUGGUUCGCAAAUUGAACUCAAUGUCUCACCCAAUCCCACAUUCGACACUGAACUCUACACCACAUCGAUCGGCAAGGAGGAGACAGAUAUGAUUGAGUUAACAACCCGUGAGUCAUCUCACAUUACGCAUCAUGCUCAUCCCACUUGGCGGCCAAAGAGGCAGAACUGUACUCCUCCGGCCAUUGAGCAGUUCCCACAGCCUCUCAUGGGGCCAAAUGCCAGAAAACACGGCGGUCUUGUCAUCCACGUCAUUGUGGCGAUCUUCACUUUCCUGGGACUUGCCAUCGUGUGUGAUGAUUACUUCGUUUCCAGCUUAGAUAGGAUUUGUGAAGAACUCAAAUUGUCGCCGGACGUUGCUGGUGCUACCUUUAUGGCAGCCGGAAGUUCAGCACCUGAGUUGGCAACAGUCGUGAUUGGCGUGUUCUUUGCCAAAGACGACAUUGGCGUUAGUGGCGUGAUCGGAUCGGCCGUCUUCAACAUUAUGUUUGUCAUCUCGGUGUGCGCCUUGUGCUCGGGCACCGUUUGUCAACUAAACUGGUGGCCUCUCGUCCGGGAUUGCUUCUUCUACUCAGUCUCAAUCCUCGUGAUGCUCAUCAUAAUUUUCAAUGACACCAUCUCAUGGGUGGAGGCUCUUGUGAUGCUGAUCUUCUACGUCUUUUACUGCAUUGCCCUGCAUUUCAACAAUGCUCUGGAGCGUUGGGCUCAAACAUGGAAACUGCCUAUCAAGCUGCCAACGCGUGAGGAGCAAUCGGCUCUGGUGACUUACAAAAACGUCUCUGACCCGACUUACACGCAGAACGCUCAAGCUGUGACGAAUCUGUCGCAGGAGCCGCCGCAGGAGCAGCCAAAGGUCGAUGAGUCUUAUGAUACGAACACCAGCUGGGAUCCGAAUGCUGCAUGGGGCGACGAGACAGGGGGUGGCAAUAACUAUGGGGCCGCCACGACCACGACCGCAGGUUGGGGGGAUGCUGGGCAGCAAAAUGCCGAUUCCUGGGACACAAAUAAUGCCUGGGCGUCUGGCGAGGGGCAGCAGAAUUAUGGGUACAAUCGUGACGGUGCCGAACAGAACAUACAGGAAGCGGGCUUAAUGCCUCAGGGCAGUGCAGUCACCGGAAAUGUCACGCAAACUCAACAAAUCUCGAGCUACUACAAAUCAGCCGACCCGAAGAAUACGGAGCCAAUAAAUCCACUGGAGAAACCCACGACCGGAGGCUUUCCCGGACUGGUGGCGUGGUACAUUGUCUUUCCCAUUCACUACAUGUGUCGCCUAACAAUGCCGGACUGUCGAUUGGAAAAAUAUCGUAAUUGGUAUCCGUUCACCUUCCUCAUUUCCAUGAUAUGGAUAUCGUUUUACUCCUACUUUAUGGUCUGGAUGAUCACCAUCAUUGGCGCCACCCUCGGCAUCCCGGACACUGUCAUGGGCUUGACUUUUGUGGCCGCUGGAGUAUCUGUGCCGGACGCCCUCAGUUCAAUAGCCGUCAUCAAGGAAGGCUAUGGCGAUAUGGCUGUGUCUAAUGCCAUCGGCUCCAAUGUAUUCGAUAUAUUGAUAUGUCUUGGCCUGCCGUGGUUCAUCCAGACGGCCAUUAUCAAGCCAGGCUCACAUGUCAACGUUAUAUCCAAGGGUUUGGCUUACUCAACCCUAUCACUACUCUCAACUGUGCUAUUCUUGCUGGUUGCAACCCAUCUCAAUGGCUGGAAACUGGAUAAGCGUUUAGGAAUAAUCCUAAUGGUUUGGUAUUUGGUCUUCAUUACCAUCGCUUCACUCUAUGAAUUGAAUGUUUUUGGGCAACUCAACCCACCAGAAUGCGCAAGUAAUUACUAAGCUGUGGGAUACCCCAGAAGGCAAGAAUUUUAUUUUUUUAAAUGCAAAAAGAAUGCUUUAGUUUUAUAUUUUAGUCAAGACAACAUAAAUGUUAUAUUUUUUAAUAUUUAUAAUUGUUUAAUGAAAGGUUUAGAAGAAAAGUGAAAAUUUUAUGGAGGUACGUGAUGCAAUAAUGUGUUACCAAGUCAGCGUAUCGGAUGAUAUCUGAUGUGAAGAACAUAGUCUCCUUUUAGUUAGCUAAAGAAUAAAACCCAAAAACGGUCUAGUUUGGAGGUUAUAGUUUUACUUAAGAGACCUACUGAGAAUGUAUAAAUAAUAUACUUAGGAAUGUUGCAAUAACAUAAUACCAAACGAACCAAACAGGAAAGAUUGUAUAAUUUCCUAUUUUCGCGAGACAAUGUUGUGAAAGUUUUGAUAUGUAGUUAUUAGAGAAUGAAGAAUCUCUCCCACAUAUGAUUCAAAUUCAUACCUCAAAUUCUAUAUUGAUUCUCUUCUUAGCCAAUGUUACCAUUGUUUGGACGUUGAUGACUUUUUGUUAGCGGAUCUUAAGCAUUCUAGCUAAUUAUUAUACCUUAGCAUACAUUGAUCUUUGCUAAUGCUUUAAAAACUCCAAAGAGUAAACUGUAGCUAGACAAUCUCAUUCGAGAAGAUUUAUUUCAAUAGAAAGAGUAUUUGAAGUAAUUCGGUUCUUGUUUAAUGUUUAUUUUAAAGCACAAAAAGUUAAUGAGAAUGUCUGUAGAAGAACAUUAAUGCGAGAAUUGCUCUUUUAAAACGAACUGCUGUAAAUGCUUCUCUUCCAAAUAAACAUAACGCGUUAUUAAACGUUAAAGAAACACUUCUAAUACUUCCGCUACAAGUUAUCCUAUAGUUUAUAGUACCUCAUUUUCUAAAGCGCUCUAGAGUUCCGUUAAAUAUAAGACAUGCUGUAAAUAAUAACAUUGAAAGAUAAAAUUCAACACAAAUUAAGCAUCACAGAACAUAAUCCCGAAUUUCCCAAGCGAAUGCAUAUUAAAGUUACUGCUUUCAGAUAUCAUUAAGAGAGAAAAAAAUCGGUUGGAUUGAUUUGGAAAAGAUUAAAUAAAUGUGAAAAAUAGGGUUUCUUGUGGUCACGAAAGAUAACAUUCAAUUAAGCUUUUGAAGUCCUAAAAUAAAUUUAUUAAUUGAUAUUUUGCACACAAUACAUCGAAAAAAUUUGUUUCAAGAAAAAGAAUAAAAAAGAAAAGAGUAAUAUUGUGAUGGAAACAUCAAAAAAUUAAAGUCUAGCGGUGCCUGAGAAAAAUAAAUUUUGUUGUCAUUCCUGACAAAACUGAUGGUAAAUUACCCCAAAAAGAGAACAGUAAGCAAGAAAAUAAUAAUGAGAAAAAAAACAUGUAAAUGUAGUUACACAGAUGAAAGCAACCUUAUAUAUGAAUAAUGAAAUUUAGCAAAUAUUGAUAAAAUGAAAACAAUGAUCAAUUAUAUAACAUCAAUUACAUAUAUUGUUAUCAAUGUUGUGUAUACUUAAUGACAGAAACCUCAUCUAUGAUAUGACAAAUUUAACAGCAAAAUUUGACAAUUAUCCUAGUGACAGUGAUUGAGUCAAUUAUUUAAUUCAUUGCAAUCUGUUAAAGCAAAUAUUUCAAUAGACAUUCAGCAGAAAUAUUUUAUUAUUUUCGCAAACAGGGUUACAAAUUCAGCUUCAAACACAUUCAUUUUCAAGCAAAAUAUAAUCAUAAAGCAAAUGCUCCCUUAAAUUUCUGGGCAAUUCUAUACUUUACACAUAAAUAUAUAGUCUUCUGUAUUGAACUCUUCCAAGGAUAUAGAAAUAUACAAGCCUUAGGGCAUAAACCCUCCGUAA